AUUGUGGGAUUAGUGAUAUGCUUUCCUGAAGAAACAGAAAGCCAAAGAUGUCUAGACACCAGUCACUGGCCUUGACAGUGACUACCGUUUUGGGCGUGGUUAUAGGGGGCUUUGUCUUGUGGAAAGGCAUUCAGCGCCGAAGGAACAGAACGAGCUGUGUGCCCCAGCAGCAGCAGAAAGAGCCGGGAGGCAGAGAGCUGCCCCCGUCAGAAGAUGUCCAGCUGCACUCUAGUGCCCCCAAAGCUUCAUGGGAAGAGAGGAUCCUCAAAGCCAAUGUGGUGAUUGUGUCUCAGGUGGAGGAGUGGGAUCAAAUUGAGCCUUUGCUCAGAAGCGAGUUAGGAGAUUUCCCAGUGCUUGGAAUCGACUGUGAGUGGGUGAAUUUGGAAGGCAGAGUCAGUCCUCUCUCACUCCUCCAGAUGGCCUCUCCAAGUGGCCUCUGUGUCUUAGUUCGCUUGCCCUUGCUGGUCCGUGCAGGAAAAACAAUCCCAAGAACAUUACUGGACAUCUUAGCUGAUGGCACAGUUUUGAAAGUUGGAGUGGGGUGUUCAGAAGAUGCCAGCAAGCUCUUACAGGAUUAUGGCCUUGUUGUUAAGGGCUGUCUGGAUCUCCGGUACCUGGCCAUGCAGCAGAGAGACAAUUUGCUCUGUAACGGGCUGAGCCUGAAAUCACUCGCUGAGACCAUUUUGAACUUUCCUCUUGACAAGUCCCUUCUACUUCGUUGCAGCAACUGGGAUGCGGAGAAUCUUACAGAAGACCAGGUAAUUUAUGCUGCCAGGGAUGCCCAGAUUUCAGUGGCUCUCUUUCUUCAUCUUCUUGGAUACCCUUUCUAUAGGAAUUCAACUCUAGAAGAAAACAGUGGCCACACUGGCUGGAGAAAAGUCCUCGAGAAAUGUCAGGAUGUGGUAGACAUCCCGUUCAGAAGCAAAGGAAUUUUCAGAUUGGGAGAAGAAGUUAAUGGGGAAACAACAGAGUCUCAUCAGAAGUCAAAGAAUAAGAAGUCUAAGAUCAAUGGAGUGGUGCCCGGCAGCCAACAAAGGAGAGACCCCAGAAAACAUAAAAGAAAGCCCCUGGGAGUGGGUUAUUCAGCCAGAAAAUCCCCCCUCUAUGAUAACUGCUUUCUCCAUGCUCCUGACGGACAGCCCCUCUGCACUUGUGAUCGAAGAAAAGCUCAGUGGUACCUGGAUAAAGGCAUUGGAGAGCUGGUGAGUGAAGAGCCUUUUGUGGUCAAGCUACGGUUUGAACCUGCAGGAAGACCUGACUCCCCAGGAGACUAUUACUUGAUGGUUAAAGAGAACCUGUGUGUGGUAUGUGGCAAGAGAGACUCCUACAUCCGAAAGAACGUGAUCCCACAUGAGUACCGGAAGCACUUCCCCAUUGAGAUGAAGGACCACAACUCCCAUGAUGUGCUGCUGCUCUGCACCUCCUGCCACGCCAUCUCAAACUACUAUGACAACCAUUUGAAGCAACAGCUGGCCAAGGAGUUCCGGGCCCCCAUCGGCUCUGAGGAGGGCUUGCGCCUGCUGGAAGAUCCUGAUCGCCGGCAGGUCCGCUCCGGGGCCAGGGCCCUGCUCAACGCAGAGAGCCUGCCUGCUCAUAGGAAGGAGGAGCUGCUGCAGGCACUCAGAGAGUUCUAUAACACAGACACAGUUACAGACGAGAUGCUUCAGGAGGCUGCCAGCCUCGAGACCAGGAUUUCCAAUGAAAACUACGUUCCCCACGGGCUGAAGGUGGUGCAGUGCCACUCUGAGGGUGGGCUGCGCUCCCUCAUGCAGCUGGAGAGCCGGUGGCGCCAGCAUUUCCUGGAUACCAUGCAGCCCAAGCACCUGCCCCAGCAAUGGUCAGUGGACCACAACCAUCAGAAGCUGCUCCGGAAAUACGGGGAAGACCUGCCCAUCAAACUGUCGUGAUAGCUGCUUCCCUCCCAGGGUAGGACAGGGGUAGCUGGACCCACAGUUACAGAGUCACCUCUUCUAUUUUAAUAUGCCAUUAAUUGUCAAAGCCUCGGUGACACAUCUCAGAACUAACUCAGAGUAACCCCAGGAUGCCUCUGGUGGAACAAGGCUUUAUUUUAAGGGGAAAUUUGGUUUUGAAUUUUAAUUGGGCAGGAUCAGUUUUCUCUUUUCUCUCAUUUCAUUUUUUGGGGUAAGGAACACUUUGACCCUUUAUGUUUUCUCU